AAUCUUGAGAUUUAUUGUUUCAGGCAUCAAGAUGCCCUUAUUGGCCCUUUCCAGAAGCCUUCUUCAGACUGGCACCAAACCACACACCUUAUUUUCUGGGCUUCCUCAACCAAGCAGAUCAUUGUGGGGAUGGCUUUAUGCUGUUUUUAACAGGGUUGAUGCUGAACGAGUGAAACUGGUGGGGCCAGACCGAGCCUGUGCAGAGUGGGUUCUACGGAGUGGCGGCAAGAUUCACUGGAAAGGAAUGAAAUACGUAGAAGGGGACUACAACCGUUUACCAUUGACUAACUUCUCCCGCUACAAAGUGGAGACAAUUGAUGCCACAGACACAGCAGUUAUGAAUAUUGGAUUCCACCAUUUGGAAGGAUUGAAAUUUUUGAAGAAACUGAUUCUAAAGAACUGUUAUUACCUGGAUGAUGAUGCUUUGCACUUGCUACACUACGUGAAAGAUUCCUUGGAACACCUGGAGAUCUCCAGUGCUGGUAAUGUGACUCUAAGAGGACUGAACCAUCUGCCUGUGCUACAGAACUUACAAUACCUUUACCUGUCCAACUUACCUGAGAUACGACGCAAGAAAGAAUGUUUAGAACACCUGAGACGUCAGAUGCCGAACUGCGACGUCCACUUUCCUGAGGCAGAACUAAGGAAGCCACCUGGAGGUUAAUAACACUUGUGGCUGCGGUUGGUGAUGGUGGUGGGAAAGAUAAUGUUGACUGUGAAAAUGAUGAUGAUGAUGGCGUUUCCGAUGUAAUUUAUUUUAGUUUUCUUAUUAAAUCUCUAAAAAAUACAACAUUUGUU